AUGCUCUCUCCAGCUAUCGUCCUCGGCCUGCGUGGCGUUCAGGUGCUCUUUUCCAUCAUUGUGUUGGGUCUCACAGCUUACAUCGUCGACCAAUACACCAGCCCUUGGGGUAGCUGGUCUCCUCACAGCCUCAACUUCAUGCUCUUCACCUCAGUAUGGACUCUGCUUGCGGUCGCAUACUUGACCCUGGCGCCAACACGCUUCCCUCGCGCUGCCCACAAGUUCGCCAUCGCUGGUGUUGAGUUCUUGGCCAUGAUCUUCUGGUUCGCAGCUUUCAUUGCUGUGGCUGUUCUGUGGCACAACGUGUACUGGGGAGGCUCCGGUCACGGCACCUUUCACGACUGUGGCGUUGCCGCCAUCGUUUUUGGAGCCUUCCUCUGGCUCACUUUCCUCGCUACCACCAUACUGUCGGCCUUUCACAUCCGCAACUCUUCUCGUGGCAACACCGGCCCCCCACCAGACAUGGCUGGUGUCUAA